AUGAAGUACUCACCUGUGCUCCUCCUCGUCUUCGCUCUCAGCGUCCAGGCCAAUCCGUCGAUCUCGCAUCGCGUGAUCAAUGGCCAGCAGGCGACUCCCGGAUCGGCUCCUUAUCACGUUCACAUCCUGAUCAGGCAGAAUCAGGCUGGACAGGCGCGCGUCGGCAGCGGUUGUCUCAUCUCCAUGACUCACGUUCUCACCACCGCCCAGAAUGUGCGAACCUUCGGUCAUUGGGAAGUCGGAGCCGGAAAUGUGAAUCGCAAUCAGCUGGAGUGGCGCCAAACCACUCAAGCUCUCGCCCAUCCGCAAUUCGACCACAACACGCUGAACAACAACAUCGCCAUCAUCACGGUGAUGCAGCCCUUCAAUCCCACGAUGAACAUCCAGGCCAUCGCCAUGCCCACGGCCCAGGACACACAGGUGCCCUUCGCCAACGAGGAGUGCCGCUUCAACGGCUUCGGCUUCACCGGCCCCACCGGUCCCUUCUCCGACCAGCUCCUCAUGGGCUUCAAGCGCGUCACCACCGAUCAGGUCUGCGCUCAGACUUACCCGCACCUCGGCAGCUUCCUCAACAACAACUUCUGUGGCCUGGACGCCGCCCAGAGCACCUUCUGCGGCGGAGAUCAGGGCACAGCGCUGGUCGGCAUGGUUCGCUUCCAGACCGUCGUCGUGGGUCUGGCCAGCUUCACCAAUCCCAACUGCCAGGCCAACAGCCCCGGCGCCUUCGUGCGCGUGAGCCCGUACAGGAACUGGAUCCAGCAGAAUACCGGCGUCUAA